GAAAUAGCCGCGCGGGUAGAGCACCUGGUGGAGCUAGCCACUCCCGCCCAUUUCCUGUGGCUGAUGUUCUUCUUCCUCUUCUCGCACUCCUAUCUGAACCUCGUAGCCGAACUGCUGAGAUUCGGCGACCGCCAUUUCUAUGGUGACUGGUGGAAUGCUGACACACUUGGCAGUUUGUGGAGACGCUGGAAUGUGCCUUUCCAGAGAUGGAUUCAAAGACAUGUCUAUGAACCAUCUCUAAAGAGGAAGCUAUCUACAAAACAGGCAGACAUGCUAAUCUUCAUCAUAGUCUCAGGACUUUUGGAGUAUAAUAUUGCUGUGGCCCUGCAAAGAUGUCAUCUCUGGCUGUUUCUCAGCAUGAUGUUUGAGCUCCUCUUGGCCUUCCUCUUUGAGCGCUUCUUCGUUGGGAAUUAUGGGAAUGGUUUGGUGUGGCUGUGCCUGCUGCUGGGUCCUCCCUUGGCUGUUACAACCUACUACCAUGACCACCACAUGAGUCAACGGGGUCCGGAUGAUGACUUGUAGUCACAAAUGACUACAUCUGGCCCAGCCAUGGCUCAAUUGGCUGGGCACUCGACUGCUACACCGGCAACCCGGGUUUGAUUCCGCCCCGAGGUCAUAUGCCGAACCCUCCCCCCCCCCCCUCACCGCUAAUUUCCUAUCACAACUUCACCAUCCUAUUAUAAUAAAGGUAGAAAAAGCCCAGAAAAAUACUUUAAAAAAGAAAUGGCGACAUCUCUUUAGUCACCCAGCAGAACUUUUAGACUGUUCACGUAGGCUACGCCCCCCAACUUUGGGCAUAGGCCACAAAACAUGUGCCCUUCACUUAGACCUGUCCUGGUCUAUCAUCUCCACUCAAUAGAAAACAUGUGUUGAAAAUUCUAUGAGCGUUGUUGGGUGUUGUGGUGCACUGUGUAUUGCACCCAUACCACAUGGCAAACUGCCCAAGGGGAUAAGGUUUAUGUCUGGCCUAUGUCUAUCCCGUCUCUCUCUCCCAGUCAUUUCCUGUUCCACUAUUCACAGUCCUAUCGCAAUAAAGGCUUAAAAAAAAUGACUUACCGUAUAAAGAAAAUGUGCCACUAACUGUUAUUGGGUGAAUGGGUGUGGGUGCAAAUGUUUCUAUAUUUAUUUAUUUUUUAAUGAAGGAGCCACAUAUGUGUUUGUAUUUGUU